AUGAAUAACAACGUUCAAGAUCCAUCCCAACUUUGUGCUAACGGUUGUGGAUUCUUCGCAAAUCCUUCACUUAGAAACUUGUGUUCUUCAUGUUACCGUGAUUUCCUCAACAAAACUCUUCUCGAAAUCGAGCGUAAAUCAUCCCAUAACAACAAGCAGCAAACUAUUGUACAUGUUGAUUCCACGGACAAGAAAGAUGCAAGUACUAGUACACGUACAAGGUGUGAUGCAUGCAAGAAACGGGUCGGUUUGAUCGGGUUCAAGUGCCGGUGCGGCGGCGUCUAUUGUGGGUUGCACCGCUACGCCAACGAGCACUCUUGUGCCGUCGAUAACAUUCACAAGGCGCUUGAACGUGAGGCUCUAUCCAAACAGUUGAACGCUGCUGCAUGCAAGGCGGACAAAUUUAGCUGCAGGAUAUGA